UGGUAUAUCAUUCACAUUACAUGUUAUGCUAUUGUUCCUCAAAAGGGUGAAGCAGUACGUGGUAGCCAGUCGAGUGGUGGGACCUACCACUCAUAGGCCAAAGCGAAGAUUGUUCAACGGCUCGGUUCCAACAAGCAAAAUUCCAAUCGUGGGUUGUCAUACGUCGGCCGUCCUUUUGGGUCAUGCCGUGUAAGGUGGAGAUUGCGACGCUUGCUUCUUUUCUCCAGGCAGCGGACUUACAAUACACGCAAUCAGCCUUUUUGCCCAGUAUCCACGCGUUUUCAAUUCUGACGACGAAUGCAGCCCACCAUUCGGCAAUCCACACCGUUGCCCAUAGAAUCCCACCGUAUGGGACUAUGCCAUUAAAAAAAGAAGAUAGAACUUUCGGGGACAAUCUCGACCGUUAGAUUUGAAUGCUACAGGAUGGUUAGAAGAGAAAUGCAGCGGUCCACAUUCAACUGAACAAGUUCGCAAGAUUGGUCUCUACGAUGUUUCAAUUUGAAAGAUUCAGGUAGGAAGCAACAGAUUAAUGGCAUGGAUCACUAGCCACGGGCCCCACUUUUCAGAAUUGAAAACCCGCGUACACCUUGCGAAGUCCCGGGCCUCGCACCAUACUAUUCGUCUUUCAGGCGUACCAAAAACCCGGAAACGCAGAGAAGAGAGACGGAUGGCGAGGGUUCGAAAUCCAAAUUGGUGGAGCCGCGAGAAAACGGUAGCGAUCAUCUGGUUCUCCUCUGCCUUUCUCUUCUUCCUAGGGUUUCGAAUGGCGCUGCAGAACUCCACUCCUCCCGAAAGCCAGCAAUCGACUGAUUCAGGAUCCAAUGUCUCGACUUCAGACCAACGGUCAGUAUUGUACGAUAAAAUGGCUCAGGAUUUGGAUGAGAAGAGUCCGGUGUUUCUCCAAGGGGGAGAGACUUCUCAGUCACUAUCCCUUUCUGAUAUUUUCACAUUGAAGGAUGGCCUUGUUGCCCCUGUUCUUAAGGCUGCAAAUCCUCCAGUUCGUGCUAAUGUGCUGUACCUUAGUCCGGAAUUUGCAGAACCCAUCUCGCAGGCUGUGAGGGCCAUCUUUCUUCCCUAUUUUGACAAAGUGAUUUGGUUCCAGAAUACAAGUUUGUUUCACUUUAGUAUGUUUCAUGCCUCUCAUCACCUUGAACCUGUUUUUGCAACUGAAAAUGAGAUUGAGGCUGAGGUGAGUGCAGUUAAAGCUGUUGCAGAGGUUCUCUGUCCACUGAAAAUUGUCUUAGAUAGAGUGGUAUUGACUUCCACUGGUGUGCUUCUGGGGUGCUGGCAGGUAAUUUCCGGCACAGAUCCCGUUACCAUUCGUGCCAAGUUGAGAGAUGCUCUUCCUCGUGCACCCAAAAAGCAACUUUAUGAUCCUGUUUUGCUUCACACGUCCUUUGCAAGGCUUCUAGGACACCCAAACGUUUCUUCAGAGGCAACACAAAGGCCUUUUGAUCAACUUCAAUUCUUCCAUGAGCUAGUUGCUGGCAUUAACAAUCGUAUCAGUGGCUUUAAGGCUGUAGUAUCGGAGCUCUGGUUUGUGGAGGAAUUGGAUGUUCUGGCGCUUGCGCUGAAUGGAAGAAUGAAGGUGCGAAAAUUCCAUCUGGGCUGCUCUGGUAGUUAGAUGCUUUGCAUAUGUGUUAUAUUUUGUAUUUUGAAUUAGAAGUAUUAAAGAUCUGCAUGUCAUGCAGCUCAGGUCCUAAUCCUAAUGUACACGUGCUUGUAUUUUUGGGGGAUGUUAGGGAAAUUUUCCAAUAUGUGAUAUGGAAUUACCAAAUUAACCCUGUUUUGUGUGGCUA